AUGAAUAGUUUUCGAUUUUGUUUAAGAAAUUACAAAUCUCUAAUUCGUUUGAAGACUACUAUUGCAGAUACACAUUCAAAUAUGAUUUCCCGAUUACCCAAAGAAGCUGCCAAAAGAAUUGUAUGGGUUGAUUUGGAGAUGACUGGACUUGAUAUUGAGAAAGACCGCAUUCUUGAAAUAUCAUGUGUGGUAACUGAUGGUGAUUUGAAUUUGGUAGCUGUUGGUCCCAAUUUGGUGGUUCACCAACCUGACGAAAUUCUGAAAAACAUGAAUUCUUGGUGUGUUGCUCAUCAUGGCGAGAGUGGUUUGACAGAAGCUAGUCGAAAAUCUCAGAUAUCUAUAGAAAAUGCUGAGAAACAAGUUCUAGACUUUGUUAGCAGCCAUGUUCCCGAAAAGAAAUGUCCUUUGGGAGGCAACAGUGUAUAUAUGGACCGUUUGUUUAUACAGAAAUAUAUGCCAAAACUAAACUCUUACUUACACUACAGAGUUAUUGAUGUCAGUACAAUAAAAGAGCUGGCUAAACGCUGGUUUCAAAAAGAUUAUUCAUCUGUCCCGCAGAAAAAAUUUCAGCACAGGUCUACAGAAGAUAUUAUAGAGAGUAUAGAAGAGUUGAAAUAUUAUCGAAGUAAUAUUUUUAAAAGUUGAUGUUAUUAUGUUUUUAUAGGUUAAAUUUGCUAUGUAUUAAGUUUUUUAUUAAAUUAAUGAAAUUAAAUGUCCAUUGGGAGGUGCAUCCUC